AUGUGUGUGUGGCACGCCAAUGCAGUGUCGUCAGCAACCCAUGGUACCACGUCGCAAAUUGCGCGCACAUUACCAAUGUAUGCUUCAAACUCAGCGAUAACUUGUACAACCUCACAAAACCCCCUCUUCUACUCAACGAUGCAUGUCUAUGUCUCCCGCAUGGGCACAGCGACGCAUCUGUCUUAUAAGAUACCAACAUACACCCGCUUUGCGAUAUACUGCUUCCUGUGCCUGUUAUCAGUAGCCAUCUUUCAGAUCCGACCUGCUGGAAAUACCGAUAUCGCUGUUCAGUUACUUUGGAUGACAAUUCCCUUCAUCUUCACCUUAAUCUUCUAUACUGUCAACGAUCACAGCAGCGAUGGAAGUCCAAGAUAUGUGGAUCCAAGUCCGCCGUCGUCAUACACAAUACCAUUAUCAAUAUCUCUCGUUCUCCUCGGUCAAAUCGCAAUAUGGACGCGAACCUACCUCGGCGUCCCUUCAACCUUCGCCACACCUAAUGGCGCAGACGUCCAAGCAUGCAGCCUCCAUUUCGCAAUGUCCUUCUGGAUACUCUCCGAGUGCGAGUACAUGCGCUUAUACUACUGGCACGCUCGCCUCCGAGACCGCCCUUUCAAUCUCAUCACACUCAGCGACUCCAUAGCCUCAGCAAGUUUCGACUGGACCUUCACGGUAUCUCGAGACUGUUGCAGCUACCGGGUGCCAUGCCAAGUCAACAUGCCACCGCGAAACGGGUGGUGGUCACUGGAAGCACUCUUUGGAGUUCCGCUCGACUUCUUCUAUAUCAUAGCCUUCACAUGGGUGGGAAUGGUCUGCCUCGUUUAUCCGGUCAAGCGUUUCGCGAAUCCCGAUCCUGAUGGCGAUACAUUUCCCAUCAGAUACGCGCUCGUGGAAGUGUUCUUCACACCACGGUCGUACUUUUUUAACUGGCUUGAUAUUAUACUCCAGCGGCCGGUCAGGCUGGUCAACAGGAUGCUGUUCGAAUUGGUUGCGCAGGGUUUGAAGAGAGCUUUGGGUCGGUGGAGGCGCCGUGGUGUACGCGGAAAGGUUAAUAGAAUCGACCUCGGGAGUACGAGUGAGGCACCCGCGUUGUACAUCCCUCGCACCGAUAUGUCUGACCUCUGGGUGAAUAGCGAAGAGAUUGCCUGGUGGGCGGUAUCUCGUCAGCUCUACGAAACGCCCUGGAAUGACUGA